CUCGGGCUUCUCCUCGGUCACGUGGCCUCUCGGGCUUCUGCUCUGACACCCUCUGCCCUGUCCGCUUUGAGAAGCAGGAGGCGUGAAACGAUGAGAACCCUCCGAGAUGGCCAGGGAACGAGCAGCUUUCUUUAGCCAGUUUGAGCAGGAGAUCAUCCUGAAGACCUUCGAGGAGUACAAAGCCAUCAUAACGGCUAAAUGCAACACAGCGGCUGCUGCCAAAUCCAGAGUGGAAGCAUGGCAGAAGAUAGCGGAGAGGCUGAACGCCUCCAACCCCAAUAACGUCAAAAGGACCUGGCAGCAGGUCAAAGUCAAGUACAAGAACAUCGUGCAAUGUGCAAACAGGAAGAGGGCGCAAAAGCAGAUGCUCAGUGGGGGGCGGCUGCCUGCGUCUGGCUUCACCCCCGCUGAGGAGCUGGCGCUUUGGCAGAUCAGAGGGCGGCCCGUGCUGGAUGGCAUCGCGUGGGCCGGUUCGUCUGAGCAGGCUGGCUUAGGCGUCAGGAGCCCCAGUUCCACAGAGGCAGAAAGUUCAGGCCCUCUUAUACAGCCAGUGCCAACCAUUAUCGACAGCGCAGAAGAGCCCAUUGAUCACUCUGAUUCAGACCAUGAUGAGAAGAACAUAGUAGUGUGUUCUCAUUCUGAAGAGGGGAAUGAUGCCUUUACAGGCCAUGAGGAACCUGGUCCUUCAGGCCCAUUUCGACAUGCUGAUGAGGAGAGCGAUGAGGACGUGACCUCCCUGUACAAGCGGUACCUCAGACAGGAGGUCGCAUACCGGCAGCUGAAGAUGAAGAAGCUGGAGAAGGAGAUACAGUUACUUGAUAAAAAGCUGGACGUAAGUUAGACCCAGUCAGGCAAGGUUUCCUCUGAACUCCUAACGUAGAAUACAUUGCUAGAAUGCAUCGCCAAAGUCAAAGGGCAAUCCCACCCAUUUUUCAAAGUUUCUUCUUAGGUAGACAGGUAUGCAGAUACUAUGUUGUGUAAGGGAUGCCUGUGGGACAAACAUAACAAUACAGGCUCCUGUGAAAUCUCAUUUCUAUCAGCAUGACAAAACUUAAACUGCACACUGGCCGCUGCAGACGCGCGGCAAAAUUCGACGCGCCUACUUUACCGCACGAUGGAAGUUGCGAGUUAAUGAAUGCUGUAAGGCAGUCCCUUUUAAGAUGAAUGGAUCAAUGGAAUCCUGAGUGAAAAAAAAGUUUUUAGAUCUUUAAAUGUAAAUCCAUUUAAUUUAAGCAUAUAAUUAAGUUUCUUUCCCCUGAAAAGUGAACAGAUGAGUUUGGAAGCGAAGUUACUCAAAGUGCUGAUAUGCUCUGAAGAUCCUUCCCGUUACUGUGGACUGUUAUGUAUGGAGUGAUUCAUCGGUUCUAGCCUGGUGAUUGUUCCACCUGUACUGUAUUCUCUAUUAUAUAGACUUAUUCACAUUUUGUAAAUAAUGUUAAAUAUUUUUUUUAACACUCAACAAUUCACUAAUAAUUUUGUGCAAGGAGCUAAUUAGUGAAAUGCAAGUGAGAAGCUGUACUGAAGUUUAUUCUUGCACUACAGUAAGUAUGGGUGAUCAUGACCUGUGAGUUAUUCAUAAUCAAUAAAUGAUGAUUCAUACGAGUGCUUGA